GAGACAGGGGACAAGCUUGCCAGAGGGUGGCAGUGGUAGAAGUAUCAGAGGGAGGGAGCUCUCCAAAACAACGCGCACGUCUCUGUCUUUGUAUUGCGAGAUGUAACUUUUGCGAAUAUAACCAGUCGCGGUGUUGAAGAAACGUGGUACUGUCGUGCUUUGAGUUUGAAAACGAGAUUGCUGGAGGCACUGUGUUUAACGUUAACGGACGUCUGGGGAAUGAUGGGCGAGCAACCAGCAACAAGGAUGAAGCGUCUUCCUCGAACCAUUGCAUUCGACUGAGUGGGUGUCCAAGGAGGCAGUCGACCCACCCAAUCUUCCUAAAUGUUUGAAUGAAGCAUCUUUAUCUUUUCGAGCGGGUUCAUAUCAAAGGAAUAUACUUCAAUCUAUUUUCGCGGGAGAAAAUGUUGCGCUUGGUUUUAACAGCUGCUCGAAAUAAACCUGGAUAACACGAGGAAUAGUGCUACAGCAAUAGAGCUGCCUGCUUCACCUUUGGAUUCCCUUGAACGUUUGCAGUGUGCAAGUCCUCUUUGAUGCAUCUCGGGGUUGCUGAGCCCAUGCGAGAGUGCGAGUAUAGUCAGAUAAGCACUCGCAGCUCCACGCCGAUGGAGUCCCCGCACAAGAAGAGGUCCCUGAGGAAGAAGUGGCAAGCCUUCCCAGGGCGGAAUAAGUUUUACUGCGACGGGAGGAUUAUGAUGGCGAGACAGACGGGUGUGUUCUACCUUACCCUGGUCCUCAUCGUUGUCACAAGUGGGCUCUUCUUUGUUUUCGACUGUCCCUUCCUGUCGUCCCAGCUCACUCCGGCCAUCCCUGUGAUAGGCGGCGUUCUCUUCGGCUUCGUGUUGGGCACGCUGCUGCGGACCAGUUUCAGUGACCCCGGAGUCCUACCCAGAGCCACGCCAGACGAGGCGGCCGACCUGGAGCGGCAGAUAGACGUGGCCAACGGCUCCACCUCCACUGGCUACAGGCCGCCCCCCAGGACCAGGGAGGUGGUCAUCAAUGGCCAGACGGUCAAGCUCAAGUACUGCUUUACCUGUAAGAUCUUCAGGCCUCCAAGAGCGUCGCACUGCAGCCUGUGUGACAACUGUGUGGAGCGCUUCGACCACCACUGUCCAUGGGUAGGCAACUGCGUGGGGAGGAGGAACUACCGUUUCUUCUACAUGUUUAUCCUCUCCCUCUCCUUCCUCACCAUCUUCAUCUUCGCCUUCGUCCUCACCCAUGUCAUCCUCCGGUCUCAUAGCAUUGGGUUCCUCAGCGCACUCAAAGACAGCCCAGCGAGUGUGCUGGAGGUGGUGGUGUGCUUCUUCUCCGUCUGGUCUAUUGUGGGCCUCUCCGGAUUCCACACCUACUUAAUAGGCUCCAAUCAGACCACCAACGAAGAUAUAAAAGGCUCCUGGUCGUCUAAACGAGGGAAGGACAACUAUAACCCCUACAGCCACGGCAACAUCUUCACCAACUGCUGUGCUGCCUUGUGUGGGCCCCUGCCUCCCAGUCUCAUCGACAGGAGAGGCUACAUCCUGCCAAACACGCCACUUCCUGCUCCCCCCACCAAUGGAAUCACCAUGUAUGGUUCCACUCAGUCACAGAGUCACAUGUGUGUCCAAGACCAGUGCAUUCAGAGCACCAAAUUCGUUUUGCAGGCCGCUGCCACGCCGCUGCUCCAGAGCGCCGAGGUGCCGCUGGUGGCCGAGGAUCCGGCGCUGCCGGGCCGCACCUUGCUGGCGGGGCCGUGCCCCUCGCUGCUGCUGGGCCAGCCCACGCCGCCCACGUCCACCCCCAGCCUGAGCUGCGACGGCGAGCUCAUCCCCCCGCACCCGUCGCACCCCCCCGAGCCGCCGGGCCCGCACCUCCAUCCACACGCGCCGCACAUGCCGCACCCGCACCACCACUUCCUCACGCCCGAGGAGGUGCCCUCGCCGCCGGGCAUGCUGCCGUGCGGGAGCCCCCUGGCCCACAGCCACACCGUGCCCUUCUACCACCCGGCCAGCCAGGACUCGCUGCAUGAGGACUCGGUCAGGGGCCUGGUCAAGCUCAGCUCCGUCUGACCCACUGCACCCCCACUCCCCACCAGGAGGCUGCUGUCCACCCAACAGAUGAACUACCCCCUUUCUCGGACAUGGCUUUCAACAGCCCACGCCCACCACAGCCAUACCAAGAACAGGGAAAGGGCAAAAUCUUACUUCCUCUCGCCUCAACAUGCAAACGCCUACUACCCCUCCAUAACUCACAAAUAUAUGCCUUUCCCACUUACACACACACACACACACACACACACACUUGGUGACUCUGAACUUAUCUGAGCCCCAUCCAGCCUGCGUCUUGCCAACGCACACACACACACACACACACACACACUCAACUCUUCUGCUGGUGUUGAGAUGUCUUAGAGGUCCACAGAUCUCAUCAUGGCCUGCUAAUCCACUGCCCCCCAACCCUGGACGCCCCCAGUCUAGUGCUCCUUAGAGGCAGAGCAGAGGCUGCAGGAGCGAGGGCUGCAACCACUGUGGUGCCAUUCAGGAAGAGGAGUAGUAGUCAUCCCUCCUGAAACAUGUCCGACAUGUUAAAGACACGGAACGGAGAAGGAGAAAAAAGCUGCUUUGUCGUUCUCAUUGUUAUUAUGUUUCUUUCUCUUGACGGCGCGCCGGUGAGUCUGGUGCCCUUUUGUAAAUCGGACACAGUCCAGCUCACGGCUCAGACCCAAUACACUCUUACUUUUGCCUUUCUAAUCAGAGAUUCUUGUCCACAAUGCAGUCAGCGACACGAGUUACCGUCAUCAUGUCACAUAUCACUCGAUUAUUAUAUAAUUUUUUAAAUGUUUUCAAACAAGAUAGUAUUGUUUGUUUUUUCUCAUGUUGUUAUAUUUCCUGUGGAUACGAAUAAAAGCCCUGAGUUUU